AUGGAAAAGAGUAUCAAGAUCAAGGGUGGAUCCUUCAAGACCAUGGGGCUGGACUACCGGCUUCUUCGAAACAUUUCUUAUGAAAACCCAACGCCGAUCCAAAGAAAGACGAUUCCAUUAGUCCUUGAGAGAAGAAGUUUGGUGGGUGUUGGGAGAACUGGGAGUGGAAAGACAUUGUGUUAUCUGAUUCCUGCUGUGCAGCGGGCUGUUGAGGGGGAAAGAACGUUAGUAAUGGUCCCUACGAAGGAGCUUGCCACGCAGGUUCGGAGGGUACUAAAGAAGCUGUCUAGAGGGAUGGAGGAUGUGUGGAAAUUGAUUGAGAUAAACACUCCAGGAAAUAUCCAAAGCACGAGUGUUGAUCUUCUAGUGGUAGAUGAAAUAGAUAGGAUUCUUGAAGAGCCUAGCCUUAGGGCUGUGUUUGACAAGAUAAGUGAGGAGCUGGCAUGCCAGAAGAUAUUCUUUAGCGCAACGCUUCCGGACCAUCCGUUGAACAUGAAAGUGGUUGAGAUCGAAGCGAAGAUUAAUGAAACGGUCAAGCACUUCUUCUUUUAUAUCCCAAGCGAGAGCAAGGAGGCAGCUCUGCUCCGAAUAUUGGACAAGACAAAAAAGACGAUUGUGUUUGUUGCAACGAAAUAUGCUGUUGAACUUCUUCUAGAGAUUCUUAACAAAAACAAUUUUGAGUCGUGUGGGAUUUACUCUUCAAUGGAUGACGAAGCAAGGAGAGCCAACUUCAGAGACUUCAACACCUCGAGUGCCGGGAUUCUUGUUGUGACCGAUGUUGCAGCACGGGGGCUAGAUAUUCCAUGCCUCGACACUGUUGUGAACUAUGAUCUGUGCGAUGAAAGAACGUUCUUGCACAGAGUUGGACGUGUUCGAGGAAUGGGUGUUCAGUACAGCUUCGUUACUUACACAGAUGUUUUCCAUUUUUUUAAUAUUCAAGAGACAUACCUCCCGAACGUGGAGAUAGGGACAAUUCCUCAGGAAUACCUGGAUGUCUAUAACCUUGAUGAAUUUGAACAUCUAAGAUCGGUUGCAAGCAGAGGACACCAAAAAUGCCUUGAGUUCAGAAGAAAAGUCAGUGUUCCUGGAGAGUAUAAAGACAAGAUAAAGAUGUUCAAGACACACUCUAUGUUUGAGCAUAGAGAGACGCUUCUUGAUAAGUUGAAGGAGAUGAAUAGUAAGAAGGCCCUGUGCGAAAGAGAAAAGGAGAGGCCGGAGAACAAAGAGUACAGAGAUCAGGAGUUCAUACCCUAUGCUCGUAAAGACUCUAGAAUCCAUUCAUCUGCAUUUGGUGUGGCAAAGGACGAUUAUAUUAGGGAAAGAAAGGAAAAGUUUUCCUUUUCUAUGAUGAAGAGAAAAACAAUGAGGAAAAAGACAAUACAAACAAAUAAAAAAUAA